CGUCGGGCUCCGGAGGGCGGUGCUUCCGGCCGCGGGACAGCGCGGCAGCGGCUCUUCGAAGCGGAGCCGGGAGUUCUCGUCAGCCUUGUCGCCGCCAUGAGUCGCAGCUAUAAUGAUGAGCUACAGUUCUUGGAGAAGAUCAAUAAAAACUGCUGGAGAAUCAAGAAGGGCUUCGUGCCCAACAUGCAGGUGGAAGGCGUUUUCUAUGUGAAUGAUGCUCUGGAAAAAUUAAUGUUUGAGGAAUUAAGAAAUGCCUGUCGAGGUGGUGGUGUUGGUGGCUUCCUACCAGCCAUGAAACAAAUUGGCAACGUGGCAGCCCUGCCUGGGAUUGUUCAUAGAUCUAUUGGGCUUCCUGAUGUCCAUUCAGGUUAUGGGUUUGCUAUUGGGAAUAUGGCAGCCUUCGAUAUGAAUGACCCCGAAGCAGUGGUAUCCCCAGGUGGUGUCGGAUUUGACAUCAACUGUGGUGUCCGCUUGCUAAGAACCAAUUUAGAUGAAAGCGAUGUCCAGCCUGUGAAGGAGCAGCUUGCCCAAGCUAUGUUUGACCAUAUUCCUGUUGGAGUGGGAUCAAAAGGUGUCAUCCCCAUGAGUGCCAAAGACUUGGAGGAGGCCUUAGAGAUGGGUGUGGAUUGGUCCCUGAGGGAAGGCUAUGCCUGGGCUGAGGACAAGGAGCACUGUGAGGAGUACGGCAGGAUGUUGCAGGCCGACCCCAAUAAAGUCUCUGCAAGGGCUAAGAAAAGAGGCCUUCCUCAGUUGGGAACCCUGGGAGCAGGCAACCACUAUGCAGAAAUCCAGGUUGUGGAUGAGAUUUUCAAUGAGUAUGCUGCUAAGAAAAUGGGCAUCGACCAUAAGGGACAAGUGUGUGUGAUGAUCCACAGUGGAAGCAGAGGCUUGGGCCACCAAGUAGCCACAGAUGCACUGGUAGCUAUGGAAAAAGCCAUGAAAAGAGACAAGAUUAUAGUCAACGACCGGCAGUUGGCUUGUGCUCGGAUUGCUUCCCCAGAGGGUCAGGACUACCUGAAGGGGAUGGCAGCUGCUGGGAACUAUGCCUGGGUCAACCGCUCUUCCAUGACCUUCUUAACCCGUCAGGCUUUUGCCAAGGUCUUCAACACAACCCCUGAUGACUUGGAUCUACAUGUGAUCUAUGAUGUUUCUCACAAUAUUGCCAAAGUAGAACAGCACGUGGUGGAUGGAAAGGAACGGACACUGUUGGUACACAGGAAGGGAUCCACUCGGGCUUUCCCUCCUCACCAUCCCCUCAUUGCUGUGGAUUACCAACUCACUGGACAGCCGGUGCUCAUUGGUGGCACCAUGGGCACCUGCAGUUACGUUCUUACGGGCACCGAGCAGGGCAUGACGGAGACCUUUGGGACCACUUGCCAUGGAGCGGGCCGUGCAUUGUCCCGAGCAAAAUCUCGUCGUAAUUUAGAUUUCCAGGAUGUCUUGGACAAACUGGCAGAUAUGGGAAUCGCAAUCCGAGUUGCCUCACCCAAACUGGUUAUGGAAGAGGCUCCUGAGUCCUAUAAGAAUGUGACGGAUGUGGUGAACACCUGCCAUGAUGCUGGAAUCAGCAAGAAGGCCAUUAAACUGAGACCGAUUGCUGUGAUCAAAGGAUAGAAUGCUGACUGCAGCCACCAAACUCCACUGCCCCUCAUGGGAUGGAGGUGGACUGAAACUCCUCAGACAUCAGACUCGAGACCUGACAGGUUCCAAAGUGCACAGCUGUAACUGUCCAUUCCAACGUGGCUGGCGGGCGGCUGCUGCCUUCAGGAGCCAGUGUUGUAACAUUACCUUCCGGGAAGAGUAACAUUGCCCUCAUUUGGAAAGGAAUGUAUGUGCUUCCUCCCUGAUUAUCCCACAUGUUUUAGGAAAAUCUGUUAGGGGGUGGGGAUAGAUCAAGAUACUGCCUAACUCCUCAUAGAAGUCUUAGUCAUGACAGUGAGCUUCUUUACACCAAGCUCUGUGUUUAUAUUCUCAGAGGUAUCAUGUAGAGCGUUCUAUUAAAUAAGAAGGUUUUGAAAUGUUUUCUUUCCCUCCUCCUUUUGUCAGUUUGUCAGUUCAUCCACCCAUCCACCCUCUUCCCCUGAACCCAGCAAAACCCUAAACACCACUCUCAUUUGGAAAGUAGGCACAAAGUCCUAUCCAGAUACAAGAGGAAAGGAUAAUGGGACACGUUGAGGAGGGAAUAUGUAUAGAGGUGUAGAAAUAGGGGCCUAAAAGAGCAGUUUUUCAUAGACUUGCUAAUUUCUCAUCCUGAAAUAUGAGGCAGAGUUUUGACUUACCUGCAUAGCAGUGCCUUUUGGUACCUGUCAUAAUUAGGCCUGGUCUGAUAAACUGAUUUGUUUUUGGAUGAUUUCUUGCACAGCAGGAACAGAGAACCUGCACGAUACUGAAUAUUUUUGUUUGUGAUUGAAUUAUAAAAACAUGCAAUGACCACAGUUGUGAUGUUAACAGUUGCUCUUUUGGGCAAGUUGACUGCUCUUGUGCCAUCUAAUCACAUUUUGUGUUCUGUACUAUGACACCUGAAGAUGUUAUAAGUUACAGGUUGCUAAGGCCUUUGUUGAAUCCAAACAGCCAGUAAAAUAGAAAAAUCUAAUAAAGUUGCAAUAUGUUGUUUA